UGUUUUAUCCUGUUCUGUGGUGUACGAUCCGCUUCAACCGUACAAGAUAUCCUGCUGGCAGACAUGCAGCAUGAAGUCCCCAGCCAGAGACUCAAUGCCAUUUUGAGAUUUCGGGCCUUGUGGACUCAUCGUUAUCAUGUUUGGUCCCGACUGGAUGAGGGUGCACCAAAUCAGUUGCGUCUUCCCCCACCGGUAAUCGAAUUUGUUUUGCCUUCACCCACACUCGGUUACCCUGGUUACGAGGCACCGGAUCCGGUAUGGCAAAUACGCAAGGGCACCUCUGCGGAAGAAGUUCAGUUGAAACAGAAUGAAGCCACGAAAACUUUUGUCACUGCCUCAACCUCGCGAAGAAAACAGCAACAAGAAUUGUUAAUUCGUGCUCUGGCUGCCGAAUCAAUUCGACGACGUGAUGCCAGGAGACACUUCCACUUGACCACAUUUCCCGUGCUGGAGAGAGCUGCCAUAGAGCCGGCAUUUAGCAAAGAACAUCGUGAAGAAGCAAUGGAUGAUGGUCCGAACUCCUCCACAGGUGUGGGUACAGGAACAGUAGGUGGUACAUCCACUUCAACAGGGGUCACUGGUAGUGGUACGGGUGCAGGUGGCUCUGGCGGUAAUGCAAGUGGCGGCGUUGGUGCCAGUACCGGAGGAGCUGGAGGUGGUGCGACCAGUUCCAUGCAAGAGGAAUUCGCUGCCGCUGUUCGUCGCCUAAGUGUGGCUCCAAUCAAUCGAACUUUAUGGAAUCAAACCCGCAACUCAUCUUGGCGUCAAGGAUCGAUCCCAUGGUUUCGAAAUUGUGCCGUGACACAUGACGACGAAGACCGCGGUGGAACCCAUUCUUUGUUCCCAUCACAACCUUUACAACAAGCUCAGUGCAUCUUCCCCUCCGCAUUGUGUGCUGCCACAGUACCUUUGAUACAUCUCCUGGAUGAUACUUCAGUGAAUGAACAAGGAAUGGCUGAUACCACACUAUUUCUGCGGUACAUACUCGAACGACUGACUCGAACAAAACACAAGGACGAGCUGAUUUUUGUUUUACGGAAAAUGAUUCAGCGUCUACCGGAAUUGCCCAUGCAGGCAGCUCAUGCAAUUUUCAAUAAUCUGGUUGGCUAUAUCAUGUUCCAUGUGCGCACACCCAGUUUUGAAGCCCACGAGUCGAUCGCCAGUGCACUUUCUGUUGUGCAUUUGGUGAUACCGCACGUGCAAAAUAUCUACUUCAAAGAUCUGAAACAGACUAUGCGGAGAGAACAAAUUGAUUUAACCCUGCUUCUCACGGCCAAUCUGCCAUGUGCUAAACAAUUCAACGUGUUCGACAAUGACAUCGGUGUGGCACAACUAGUCCGUCUUCAAGACGAAAAUAAGGACUAUCAAUUCGAAGAUAUCUUGAAAGAUGUUCUGGAGGCGAACGGAAUCCCAGUGGAGCAGAGUCACCAGUACUUUCUUUGCGAUGAAAGAUCAAACAUAAUUCGUAAUAGUUCCCAUUACGUACGGGAUUUCUAUCCAUUCAAAAGGAAUCAUACACCUAAACUUCGGCUAAAACAAAUGGAAAAGGACCAGGGGCUUUCUUUGCUACAACGAAAUGCUUUGAAUCUGAAAUUUCAAGAAAUUGGCAAAGUUCUGUUCACAAACACUGUUCUGAAGUGUACACCGUCCGCCCAGGUACGUUACUACGUUUUGAUAUCCGCUGGGGGCGGUCGUUUUACGCGAUCGUGA